AUGGAGUCGACCAAUGAUGAAGUCCGUUUUCAGUCCAACAUACCGGUGCAGCUGGAUAUUGCCGUGGCGGUGGUCUACUUCUUUUUCGGAAUCUUCUCCGUCUUCGGCAACAGCAUCUUGCUUUACGUCUCCUAUAAGAAAAGGCACCUGCUGAAACCCGCCGAGUUCUUCAUCAUCAACCUGGCAGUGAGCGACCUGGGCCUGACUCUGUCCCUGUACCCCAUGGCCAUCACCUCCAGCAUCUACCACAGGUGGCUCUAUGGAAGAACGGUCUGCUCCAUCUACGCCUUCUGCGGCAUGUUGUUCGGCAUCUGCAGCCUGAGCACCCUCACCCUGCUGAGCAUGGUGUGCUUCGUCAAAGUCUGCCACCCGCUCUAUGGGAACAGUUUUAACUCCCUUCAUAGUCGCCUGCUGGUGGCCGGCACCUGGGUCUUCGCCCUGAUCUUCGCCAGUUCCCCGCUGGCCCACUGGGGCGAGUACGGGCCCGAGCCGUACGGCACCGCCUGCUGCAUCGACUGGCAUCUGUCCAACCGCCACUCCACGGCUCGCUCCUACACCGUGGUGCUCUUCCUCUGCUGCUACAUCCUCCCCUGCUGCAUCAUCGUGGCGUCCUACACCGGGAUCCUGCUCACCGUCAACACCUCGCGCAAGACCAUGCGGCAGCACGCCAUGCGGCCCGCGCACGCCGCCAGCAUCCAGACCGUCAUCGUCAAGCUGAGCGUCGCCGUGUGCAUCGGCUUCUUCAUGGCGUGGAGUCCCUACGCCAUCGUGUCCAUGUGGGCCGCCUUCGGUCGCAUCGAGGACAUCCCGCCGAUGGCCUUCGCUCUGCCCGCCAUGUUCGCCAAGUCCUCCACCAUCUACAACCCCAUCAUCUACCUGACGCUGAGGCCCAACUUCCGCAAGGUGAUACACAAAGACUUGGACAUCCUGCUCCACAGCUGUCUGAAGAACCCGCUCAGCUGCUGCUCUAAGCUGAACGUCCCAGUCAAGCUGGGUGUCCAGAGACCCUCAAACCCCUCCUCAGAUUUGUCCGUACACCCCGCAACAGUGGCCCUGGACGAGCCCAGCGGCGAGCCGAGCCGCAAAGUUUGUUUGAAGAACUUCCACCGGCCUCCUCAGACCGUCAGAGUCGCCGCUCCAAUCGAUUCAGGUGGUGCAUUCAAGGACCAGGAAGGCUUGGUUCUGUCCCCCAGCAGCCACCUGGCUCCACGGUCAGGUGACGCCUCCCCCUUCUGUGCAAAAGAGACUCCUGAGGAUGACCACCUGCGCUUGGAGAUGGUUCCGGGCCAGGCGAAGGUGGCCUGGCCCUGA